GUUCCCCGACCAGGGAUCAAACCACUGCCCCCUGCAGUGGAAGCACGGUUUCCUAACUCCUGGACUGCCAGGGAAGUCCCUACAUUGAGAGUCCCUACACUGAGUUUUGAAAGGUGGGGGGGAAACUUGAUGCUGGGAACAAAGCAUGGGCAAAGGCUGGAGGAAGACAGAACACAAAUGGAGACAGAGUUUGAGGCUUGGGUGUGACAGAGGGUUAUGCUGCAGGUGGCCCUAGAGUGGCACCAGGCCUGAUUUUGUCUGAUGAUAGUGACUAUCUUACCUGUUCAGUGAACACACUGAACACACACAUGUGCCAGGGCUGGGCUGGGUGCUGGGGAUGCACCCAUGAACCACACCAGCAAAGACUGCCAUCCUCAGGGGUAUGACAGCAUAAAGGGAGAUGCACUUUGGAUGCCAAGGCCAAGUCAGAUGUUGGACAGUGGAGAGUGCUCCCCAGAGGCAUACAGGCAAGGGGAUUGUGUGGUUAGAGCCUGGAAAAGCAAAUCGAUAUUGAUUCAGGUUGUAAAGUGAUCCUUCAUCCCUCUGGCUGCUGAUGGCAGAGAAUAGAGAGGGUGGUAGCACUGGGAGGGAGAUGUCAAAUCACAUGGUGGGGGUAGGGCUGCUUGUGUCCUGGCUGCUUGUGACCAAGGUGGGGAGAGGCCGGCUGGAGAGUAGAUUCAGGUGUCGAUCAAUAAGGCCAUAAGAUGAUGGAGCCAGCAGAGGGAGGGCAAGGAAGGAGGAGCUGUGACCUAUCUCCCCAACACCUGUGACUUCCCCUACCCAACUGUGACCCCACACACAGCUGUGACCUCCCCUACACAGAUGUGACCCAUGCAUACUUGUUAGCUACCCUGCCCACAUCUGUAACCUGCCAACACACAGGUUAUCCAGACAUACCUGUGACCUGACCCACACAGCUGUGACCUGGCUAUGAGCUCAGGUUCAGACUGGGCUGUUCAGUGCUUUCACCUGGGCCAGGAACAUGAUGUUUCCUUCACCCCACUCUGGCAGGCAAGCCUGGGCCUGAGCACCUAGCAGGUCUCAGUUGCUAGCGUCUGAAUCAGCAAACAAGCAAAAUCACGAAGGAAUGAACAAGCGCGUCUUCACUGAUACACUCAUGCUCAUACCCGUGGUCACACAAACAUGGGGUCUCAUGGUCAUAAAACAGGGUCUCACACACACCAAGUCCCAGGCACUGGGUCCCACACUUGCACAUACACACUACUGGAGUUUGUGGAGAGUCCCAAAUGUCCACUAACUGGAGCUUUACACAGACACAGUCACUGAUCCAGCACAUAUACAAAGGGUGACAACGCAGCCCUGACUUCAGGAACACAGUUCCUUUCAGACACAGGUCCCUAAAGGGGGGAUGAUUUAUCCACUAGGCACUGUAGGCACAGGGCCACAAUACUUAUAUGGGCCCACAAAAAUGUUUUAAUUUUAAUCUUUUUUAAUCAGAAGAAAAAAUACAGGAAUAAUGAAUAUAAAAUAAUGAAUUCAGUCUGGAUUAUAUCUGUCCUUAUGCCAGUAUAGUCGUAAAAUAUAUUUUUUAAAAAAUAUGUAUUUUUUUGGCCGCGCAGCAUGUGGGAUCUUAGUUCCCCGACCAGGGAUCGAACCCGUGUCCCCUGCAGUGGAAGCACAGAGUCCUAACCAUUCCCUUAAAAUGUUUUUUUGAGGAAUGGGUCUGCAAAGGUGAAAGUGCCUAGGGCCCAUAGGUGUCAUAAUGCAGGCACGUGGGGAAGGCACCCAGACUCCAGUAUCACACCCAGUCGGAUCUGCCACCCAGACGGCCCCCAUGCACUGCCUCCAUCCCCACACCAUCCCAAGUAAAGCCACAAAGUCCAGCCCCAGUGCUGACAGAGUGGGAGGGGCCACUUCCGGCCUAGCCCCACCUCCUACCAAGGGCACUUUGCUAGGAGUACAGAGGUGGCUCUGCUGUCUGGCCCAGCCCUCUAACCCAGGGCCCGCCCCUCAGCCCGCCCCCAGACUGGGUGGGGUGACCCCUACUAAAGCUCAGGGUUUCUAGCAGCGGCUUCUUCCUCCAAGAGUCUCGGUGCAGCUGAGGCCAGAGUUAAGGAACAGAAUCUUGCUGAGCCCUGCAUAGGCCCUCACCCUGAGGUCAGGAAGUUUGGAGAAUGAGGCCUUUCAGCCCUGAGGUCAAUAUUUACCUGAAGCUAGAACAGAGGUGGAUUAAUAAGGGACUUGGCCUGCCUGCCCUCAGUAGGGGUCAGAGAGUUCAAGGCCUGCUUUCAGCUCUGCUUCCCCUGGCCAGGUUUCUCUAGACCUGCCCUGUGCCACGGCAGCCCACCUGCUUCCCAUCUGCACCCUCUUCCUGAACUUGCUCGGCAUGGCCAAAGGCUCCAGGGACCCCCUGGUACCCAACCGGCCCUUCGCCACCAUCUGGAAUGCAAACACCCAGUGGUGUCUAGAGAGGCAUGGCGUGGACGUGGAUGUCAGUGUCUUUGAUGUGGUGGCCAACCCGGGGCAGACCUUCCGCGGCCCUGACAUGACCAUUUUCUACAGCUCCCAGCUGGGCACCUACCCUUACUACACACCUGCUGGGGAACCCGUAUUCGGUGGCCUGCCCCAGAAUGCCAGCCUGGCUGUCCACCUGGCCCGCGCGUUCCAGGACAUCCUGGCUGCCAUGCCUGCAUCCAACUUCUCAGGGCUGGCAGUUAUUGACUGGGAGGCAUGGCGCCCACGCUGGGCCUUCAACUGGGACACCAAGGACAUUUACCGGCAGCGCUCACGGGCACUGGUACAGGGGCAGCACCCUGACUGGCCAGCUCCUUGGGUGGAGGCAGCAGCUCAGGACCAGUUUGAGGGGGCUGCGCGGGCCUGGAUGGCAGGCACCCUCAGGCUGGGACAAGCACUGCAGCCUUGUGGCCUCUGGGGCUUCUAUGGCUUCCCUGAUUGCUAUAACUAUGACUUUAAAAAUCCCAACUACACUGGCCAGUGCCCACCAGGCAUCCGUGCCGAGAAUGACCAGCUGGGGUGGCUGUGGGGCCAGAGCCGUGCCCUCUACCCCAGCAUCUACCUGCCUGCAGCACUGGAGGGCACGAAGAAGGCACGGAUGUUUGUGCAGCACCGUGUGGGUGAGGCAUUCCGUUUGGCCGUGGGUGCAGGGUACCCUGAUCUGCCAGUGCUGCCCUACGUCCAGAUCUUCUACGACAUGACUAACCGCUUUCUGCCCCUGGAGGAGCUGGAGCACAGCCUGGGGGAGAGUGCAGCCCAGGGGGCAGCAGGAGUGGUGCUCUGGGUGAGCUGGGAGAACACAAGAACCAAGGAAUCCUGCCAGGCCAUCAAGGAGUAUGUUGACACGACACUGGGGCCCUUCAUCCUGAAUGUGACCAGUGGGGCUCUUCUGUGCAGUCAAGUCCUGUGCUCUGGCCAUGGCCGUUGUGCUCGGCGCCCCAGUCACCCCGAGGCCCGCCUCAUCCUCAGCCCCACCAGUUUCUCCAUCGAGUCCACGCCUGGUGGUGGGCCUCUGACCCUCCGAGGUGCCCUCUCACUCAAGGAUCGGUUGGCUGUGGAGUUCAAAUGUCGCUGCUACCAUGGGUGGACGGGAACAUGGUGUGAGCAGUGAGGCAUGUGGUGAUUGGCACAUGCACACAUUGAGUACCUAAUGCAAUCUGGACCUGGCUACAGCUUUCUCAAGUACAGGCACAGUCACAUGAGUCAUGGUCACAGUCAGAAGUACACUCAGGCACUGUCAUGAGCAUAUGCUAGCCCAUUCACACCUGCUUACAGACCAAGAUAGUUGCAUAAGGAGUUAGAGCCUUGGGCACCCACCCAGCAGAGUUAAAAAUAUUUCUUCCAGAGACAUUGAGCCAGUCUUUAAACUGCAGCAAUCACAAGAACUGACGCUCUGGACUUCCCUGGCGGUCCAGUGGUUAAGACUCCGUGCUUCUACCGCAGGGGGCGGCGGUUCGAUCCCUGCUCAGGGAACUAAGAUCCCGCAUGCUGAAAGAAAGAAAGGGAGGGAGGGAGGGAGGGAGGGAGGGAGGAAGAAAGAGCUGACAUUCACUGGGUGCCUACUUUUUCCGAGUCCUGUGCUAGGCAUUUUAAGUAGUCUAACUUAAUUGUGCAAUCCUAACAUGACGCUAUGAGGAAACUGAGGCACACACAGGGAGGGUAAGCACUUUACCCAAGGUUGCAGACAGAAAAUAGAGCAGCUGAGAUUCAAACCCAGGUGAAUCUGGGUUUGAAUCUCUACCCUCUACCUCUACCUCUAUAGCGAUGGAGCCCUUUGGCUCCUACUAUAUGUCGACGGUAAUCAGCCCUGUACUGCAGCCUGAAUCCGUUCAGAGGUAACAGCCUCACAAAUAAAGCAGACAUGAUUCUAA